UCCCGUUUUCAUGUGCUCUAUCUACAUCACUAAUCCAUCUUCUCCCGUUCCUCCCUCCCACCACAACCCUUAUUCCUCCCGCCAAUCCGUCGCUACAAUGGGGAUCGAUCUUCUCCUCACAUGCCCAGGAAAUCUGAUGGAGGUAAGGCAGAGGAUUUCCGACUUGUUGAAGAUGCUUUCUACUUACCCUAGCGAGAAUCUGGAAGGCGAGAAUCACGAGGGGUUGACGUGGAGCAUGCUUAUCCAGAUUGCGACGAUUCAAAUCAAUGGUAAGAUAUCAUCCUUCGAAGACAACAAAAGCGAGAUCUAUUGUGGGGCGCGCGUAUUGACCGACUAUAUAAGGGAAAUGAUCGAGAGAUGCCGCCGGAGCUGGAGGUAGAACUACCGAUGCCCUCCCUCGAAUUCCAUCUCGAGAAGACCGUGUGAGGAGAAGGAUUGAAGAGAUGCCGAAGCUGUAGGCAGAGGAGGAGGGGGAGAGUGGUAGGAUUCUUACGCCCGGCAGCUUUUCCUUGUGUUUGGAGGCCUGAUUUUGUGUUGUGAUUGCAGAUGACGGCCAGUUUCUCGAGGACAACAUGGCCUCUAUGAUCUCCUGCUUCAGGAAGAUAAGCGAAACACUGAGCUCCAUCCAGGAAAACGCUACAGCCGGCGGGAAGACGAACAAACUGAAAGACUUGGCGGAGUCCUACAAUGACCAAGUAGUUGCCUUCGAAACCAGCAAGAGCAGAGUCGCCCAAGCGCUGCACGACAUCAGUGACGCCUUGAUCAAAGAGAUCGAGCCCCA